AUGUACCCGGCUGCAACACCCAUGGCCAGGCUACAAGAUGUCACGCAUGCUUUGCCGCAAUUAAAGGCAUUUGUGUUAUUGGUGAAUAUUUUGGAAUAUUUAAUAUCAUUAACCUUGUAUGCGGCAUUUUUAGAUGUGUCAUGGGCCCCCCACAUCCGUUCCGGUAUUCUCGUCAAUUCCCAUGCAUUAAUAUUACAAAAAGAAUUCUUCUGCACAGCUGGAAGAAUAGGGCUGGAUUUAAGGGACGGUAAGGCAAUGAUUUCUAAGGGCGGAGCAAUUGCAACAGGCCCAGCAUUCCUUAAUGCGUUGCGCUGUUGUGUGUUGAUUAAACGACAGAUGGCCACUAUAUGA